ACCAGAACGGUCACGCACUUAAAUUUAAACAAUUUGAACAAUUUAAAACAUGAAGCUUGGUACAAAAAUUGGUUUUAUAACUGCCACAAUUAUAACAGCGUACCUAAUUGGAAAAUAUUUACUAACCCCGACAAUUCCUACAUUAGAAAACACCUGGUGGGGUUCACGUGACCCAACAACAGAAGAUACAUCAAUUAAACCGUUUAAAAUUAACAUUUCUGAAGAGGUGCUACAAGACCUUCAACACCGACUAACAAACGCAAAACUGACACCUCCGUUAGAAGGCAUUCAACACCAAUACGGGCUAAACACCAAACUUUUGAGCAAAAUUGUGACUUAUUGGCGCACGAAAUAUGACUGGAAAGCCCGUGAAAAAUUCUUAAAUCAGUAUCCCCAAUUCAUAGUGAGUGUCCAAGGCUUGCGACUCCACUACAUUCACGUAAAACCCAAAAAAACUGAAAAUGUCAAAAUCCUCCCUAUUCUUUUACUCCAUGGUUGGCCUGGUUCAGUUCGCGAGUUUUAUUCCACAAUCCAACUUUUGACAAAACCCACAAAAGGGGGCAACUUCAUUUUUGAAGUGAUUGUUCCAUCUCUUCCCGGGUAUGGAUUUUCGGAAGCAGCAAUUCGCCCGGGUUUAGGUCCAAUUGAAAUGGCUGUGAUUUUCAAAAAUUUCAUGAAACGAUUGGGACAUGAGAAAUAUUUUGUCCAAGGAGGUGAUUGGGGGGCUCUUAUUGCCCAACAAAUGGCAGUUUUAUUCCCAGAGCAAGUCCUCGGGAUUCACUCCAAUCUGUGUUUUGAUACUUCACUUUUAUCGGCUUUGAAAUUAGGAUUGGGUAGUCUGUAUCCGCCUUGGGUAGUGCGCAAAAAAUUCGAACACAAAUUAUACCCUCUGAUGUCAUUCGUCAUGAAUUUGCUAGAAGAAACAGGCUACCUGGAUAUACAAGUCAGUAAACCUGACACGGUUGGAGUAGCUUUAAAUGAUUCUCCGGUAGGUUUAGCCGCAUACAUUUUAGAAAAAUUUAUUACUUGGACCAACCCUGAUUGGAAAAAUUUGGAAGAUGGUGGACUGCUGAAAAAGUACACCUAUGAUGAUCUUUUGGAUAAUAUUAUGAUUUACUGGGUUAGUGGGUCUAUUACGACUUCAAUGAGACUUUAUUCUCAUGCUCUGGAUAAUGUAAUGACAAUUAUAAAUGUUCAAAGGAUUCCUGUAAACGUCCCGAGUGCUUGUGCAAUAUUUCCUAAUGAAAUUUUCCCACAACCUGGUGAAUUGUUGAGAGGAAAGUAUCCCAAUCUUGUUCAUGUUAGUGAAAAUUUCGAUGGGGGGCAUUUUCCAGCAUUUGAACUGCCUCAUGUUUUCGCUAAAGACAUUUUUGUCGCAACAGAAAAGAUAUUGCAAGCUAAUGUUCAACGAAAAUAAAAUGUUAAUAUUUCAAUGAUAAAAAUGUUGUUUCCUUAUAAAAUUUAUAUCAUUAUUAUAAACACAACUACUACAAAAUGAUUUUUAAGUCUCUAAAUCAAUGGUUUGUAAAAUCGCUAAAAUUAAU